UACAAUAAUAUACUUUUGUUGCAAGACAUCAUUAUCAGUAGUAAUAAAUAUGGUAUCCGAUGAUCUAUUGACCUUAAGUUGUUGUCAGUGAGUAUAUGAAAUGAGCUCAAACGCGUUACAUUCAAAGAACAAAACGGACGUUAUAUCGAAGAUGAAUGUAUCCAAAGACAGAUCGGAAACUAAUAUAAACAAAGUGACUAAGACUAUCGUCACCUCAUCUAAAAUAUACAAGCCUGUCGGACCCUACAGUCAGGCUAUAUUAGCGGAUAAGACUCUCUAUGUAUCAGGGGUGCUAGGUUUAGACGCUGACGCUCAGUUGGUGUGUGGAGGAGCCGAGGCGCAGGCGAGGCAAGUCCUUGAUAAUCUAAAGCACGUGCUCGAGGCAGGCGGUGCGUCUCUGGAAUCUGUCGUUAAAACAACCAUACUGCUUGCCAACAUGGAUGACUUUCAAGCUGUUAACCAAGUUUAUGCAGAAUAUUUUUCAAAAGACUUCCCAGCACGAGCGACUUAUCAAGUGGCCAAACUUCCGAUGGGUGCUGCUGUAGAGAUCGAAGCAAUCGCGCUUAGCGGUGACCUAGUGGUAGCCGAAGCGGGCCCUUGUCCUUGUUCACGUAUUUAAAAUUUGGACUGCCGUGCCAACCACCUUACAGGCGAUAGUAAUCAUUAAAUAUUAGGACGUUGAUAAAUGUUAAUAAACUCGACUAAACCCAGCAGGUCGAUGGUCAUUAUGAAGUCCGAUAGGGCUCGCUUAUUACCUUUAAUUUUCUCUAAAAAUUCUCACUUGUCAGUAUUGAAAGUGAACACGGUAAAUAUUAAAUAUUGAGAACUUUAACUAUUUUUUUUAUAGCACUGCUUUCAUUUUUGCUUUGAUUACUGUCCAUAUUAGGAGUAUAGUAUGCGUCAAUAUUGGAAAAGUCGUCUACUAUGGAAAUUAGCGAUUACACUCCAGACUAGGCCUGUUGUUGUAAACGGAGAUUUUAAAUAUAUUUAAUAAAUUAAAAUAAUAUAAUACUUUUUUA